AUGACUAAUCUGAAGGCGAUGUUCGCUCGCCUUAGUUUGUUUGACGAUGGGAGUCUGUUAGCUGAGUUACAAGUUAAGCUGACUUGGAUUGAUCAGAUUCAAGAUAAGCAGAUAAGGGAUGAGUCUUUGGGUUUACGGUUUCGUCAGGUUAAGAGUGGAAAAAUCUGUGUACCAAAUGAUACUGAUUUGAGGCAGUCUAUUCUGAGGGAGGCGCGUAGUAGUCCUUAUGCUAUGCAUCCUGAUGGUAAUAAGAUGUAUCGUGAUCUCCAUAAGUUGUACUGGUCGCCGAGUUUGAAGCGUGAGGUUACAAAUUUUGUGGCUCGAUGUCUGACGUUCUACCAGGUUAAGGAUGAGCACCAUUUGCCUUCAGGUUUGUUGUAG